AUGACUGAGACAAGUGUUACUUCAAGUGGGGGUGAGGGAGGCAAGACGGACAAAGACCAGCAGCAUGGUGCACCGCCCGGUAUUCUUGUCUCUCAAACCUCUUCUGCCCUCUUCUCUGCUGCGUUGCGUGAUGCAGCCCGUUCUACUCUUGGUAAUGAAGGUUUCUCCAUUCAUUCUCCUGCCUUAGAAAAUCUUUUUUUCAUUGGCACUAAUGGAUCGAAGCUUGGUGUCAGCCUUUCUGGCUUCAGCUCUGCAUGGAAUCUACCUCCUCAUCACGAGGCUUAUUAUGAUGCUACGUUGUGGAAUGCCAUUAAGCCUAAGACCGGAACUGUCAGUCCACGUUUCACGUAUGAGCGCUUUACGCGAACAUUGUCUCUAUCCCUUUCGGAGUGUGUUGGAAACACUGCUCCGAUUCGUCUAUAUGCUUACUGUGGGUUUCUGCCAAGACCUAUUGCCGACACCAUCAAGACUGCCCUUCUCUCCAAAGUUUCUCCCGAUGGAACUGCAGUGGAUGGUAACUCUGAUGUUCUGGUGUGGCGUCAAAUUCAGAAGAUCACCUUUAAGCCCAAAGAUGAGAUUCCAGCAGAUGAACUCCGCGUCCUUUACCAACGUUAUGUUGAUAGUUGCCAAGGUAUCCUCAACAAGGCUGAUGCUCAACUCAAGGAAGUCCAAGAACUCGAGUUGCCUAAUCUUAGGCAUCCUCUUAACCUUUUGAAGCAAUGGGCAUCUCUACCACAAGCUAUCGAGCAUGGCGAUAGUCUGGUUCGUACGCUCGAGCGAGAGAGGCGCAUCCAGUCUAGGUUGGCAUCCCAUCCAUCUGGUGUGAUCCUUACCUGGGCGACGAGGCGUCUGCUCUACGGUGCUCUCCUCCGUGCGACUCCUCUCUUUCAUGAUUCUGAUAUUGGUUUUGCUGAGUUUAUUGAUACCCUUGAGCACUCGGCACAGGGUGACCCUGAUACCUUUCUUACAGCCUUAUCGAAGCUGGCUAAACGUGGUGGUUACUGCUCUAUUGACAAGUUUCUCAAGUUGAAGGGCCGUCAACAGCAGCGUACGGCAAGCAGUCAUCCUCCACUCCAAGGAAGAAAAAGGUCUUGGUUUGAUACGAAGAAGCCGACUAGUUCUGCUCGUUCCUGGUUUGCUCCUCAACCCCAAGGACCUCGUUCGUAUUUUGGAUCGGCAUCCUCCUCGACUGACAUCAAGAAGCAGACUGAUGUUCGCCAAACUCCUCCUCCUCCUCCUGCAAAGCGACAGCUCACCUCGACAUUGGGUUCCCGUCAACCUUCUAAGAAGCCAGUCACCUGCUACAGGUGUGGACGUGAAGGGCAUUUUGCCUAUGCUUGCCCUUCUAGGAAAGACAGUAAGAGUGACUCCUCUGUCGAAUUGACUCCUCGUCCGAAUGUCAAUAAAUUGAGCGCGAAAGGUGUGACUCCUUCUACUGCUGUUUCCUUGCAGAUCACUCAUUCCCUUCUAACAAGUCAUCUGCGAGUACUAGCGGAGCAACCCAACUGCGAAGAUGAAGUUGUUAGGGUUGCUUUCGAUACUAUGAGCUCCGUAAACUUGUUAACUGUCUCACUGGCCCAGCGAUUGGGUUGUUCAAUCAUAAGUGAUGAGACUAGACUGACCUCCCUGGGUAAUCAGUCCAGCCCUGGGAAGGCGACAAAUGUGCGUUUUUUCAUUGUUGACAAGGGAAUUGUCAAACUGCACUGUUUGGUGGUAGAUGACGAUGCCUUACAGCGAUCCUGUGAUUGUGAAGCUCUCGUUGGUUUUCGUGAUCUAGAACGAAUAGGUGUCCAAGUUUCCACUCCUCGUUCUGUUCAUGCUCCAGCUCCAACGGACGCUCCUUGGUCUCUUCUGGAAUCUACUGCUGUCGAUUACCUCCACUCCAAGCUCAACCAGUGGUGCCCUCUUGUCGGUGCUCCUCUUUUCUCUAGCCGCCUCCGACCUCUAUCGUCCACCGAUCAUGCGACAUCGACUAGUGCUGCCUCUGGAAGAGUACAUGAUUUCUCCCCUGGACUUCUCGCUAAGCUGUCGACCGAAGCCCAAAUCCUCUCUGAAGUCGACAAGGGUGCGACCCUGCAGUGA